UUGACUGUCACAUAGUGCCUGCAUUCGAUGCAUUCAUGACAGUGCAUACGAUGGGGUGUGCGGAGCGCAUGAGUGGAAGAACGCGUUUGAGUUUCCGCCGAAGAGAGUAAGGUACGGACUGAUUCUCACUACCGAUGAGGGUACCGAGCGACAAAAAUUUGUCAGCUCUGAGCUGACUUGGCUUCAAUUUUGCACGGUAAUCGACGAUAAUCAGAAAUAUGAGAUAUCCAUUUCUGUCAACUGACAAAUUCCAUUUUUAAUUUCUCUAAAGUAAGAUCUGAGGAAAAGAUCUCUAUAAGCAAUUAAAAAAAUUUACAGAAGCAAUAUUUAAGAAACAUGGUGAAUACUAAGAACUAUCCAGCUGGCCGUUCAUCUAGCUGUUUACGCAAAUAUCGACUGCUCUUCACAUUUGGGGUAACUGUAUUAUGUGUACAGAUUUAUCUGGCACACACAUUUUUUGGUCUGGACAAUGGCAAAAGUAAAUCCAGUCGGCUCUCCUCUGGAGAGGGUGGUUCUUCUCAACCUGAAGAGGGUGAGGGCUUGCCAAAAGGCUUACGUCAAUUGAAACUUCCACCUGAUAAACAGACAAGCAAACAAACAGACAAACAAACAAGCACAAAUAAGCAAACUCUGCAGUUUCAAAGAAAUCGCACCGCCAGAAUUAAGCUAGAUUAUAAAACGCUAAACUUUAUACCUAUGUGCGAGAUUACAGGCAGAGAAGCAGUGAGUGCCGUAACGCGUGCUCAGAGUCAAGCAUGCAAGCAACGCAUUGUCAAUGUGACGUGCCUUAACCAGCAGGGUUCACUGUACCCGAAAAGAGUACAAUCUUUGUGUCCUCAUUCUCCAGGUUUUACAGGCAUGCCGACCAGCUUAGGUUGCUUCAAAGAUGAUAAGGCAUUGAGAAUACUUUCUAGUUAUUAUCAUAUUUUCAAAGGGAACAAUUCUCCGGAGCGCUGCGCUUACAUGUGUCUUCAAUCAGGAUAUCCAUACGCCGGUACAGAAUAUUCUGUGGAAUGCUUCUGUGGGAUGGAGGAACCUCCAUUUACAAAACGUUUACCAGACUCCAGCUGCAAUAUGAAAUGUUCCGGCAAUCCAAAGCAGUCGUGCGGUGGCUAUUUAACUAUCAAUGUAUAUUGGACUGGAAUUCAAAAGUUUAAACCUCAAGAAGCGAAAAAUUCAAGUUUAAAGAAUGAAUCUGAACAGCCUGCGCGAAUAGCCUAUCUGCUAACAGUGAAUGGUAGGGCGAGCCGGCAGGUGAAACGGCUUAUAAAUAUUUUGUAUCAUCCCUCACAUUUAUUUUAUAUCCACGUUGAUGCAAGACAGGAUUACUUAUAUCGUGAAAUGUUGAAGGUGGAAAGAUCAUGCAAAUUGAACAAUAUCAAAGUAGCGAGAGGGGAGGGCUUGAGAUACGCAAGUAUCUGGGGCGGUGCGAGUCUUUUGACGACUCUUUUGAAGUCUGCGCAACAGAUGCUCACUCAUCAUAAUCAUUGGGACUUUCUCGUGAAUCUGUCGGAAUCCGACUUCCCAGUGAAAAGCAACAAUGAAUUAACUGAAUUUCUGAGCUGGAAUAAGGGCAUGAACUUCGUGAAAUCUCACGGAAGAGAAGUUCAACGUUUCAUAACGAAGCAAGGUUUAGAUAAAACUUUCGUCGAGUGUGAGACGCGCAUGUGGAGAGUCGGCGAUCGAAAAUUACCAGAUGGUAUUCAAAUUGACGGUGGUAGUGAUUGGAUUGCUCUAAGUCGGGACUUUGUCGAGUAUGUUGCCAAUCCGAGUCCUGAUCCAAUAGUAUCCAGUCUGUUAAAACUAUUCAAAUACACUUUGCUGCCGGCUGAAUCAUUCUUUCACACUGUUUUGAGAAAUUCGAGAUUCUGCAACACCUAUAUAGACAAUAACUUGCACGUAACUAACUGGAAAAGAAAAUUAGGAUGCAAGUGCCAGUACAAGGCAGUAGUAGACUGGUGUGGGUGUAGUCCGAACGAUUUCAAACUCGAGGAUUUUGACCGGAUACAGAACACUGCGGAUCGCAAUUUAUUCUUCGCCCGGAAGUUCGAGCCCGUCAUCGAUCAGAGAAUCGUGGACAAAGUAGAGGAAUGGCUAUAUCCUGAUAAAAUAAACAAAAGUCGAGCUAUCAAAGCCGAGGGUUAUGAUAUGUAUUGGCAAAGUCUAUAUAAUCAUGCGGAUCUGAGUCCACUACCUGACGACGCGUUACUGACACUUUCGUAUUCCUUGACGAGGCUGGCUUUCCAGAAACUGAAAAUGAACUAUAAAGAUAGUCGCUUAUUGGAAAACACCGCAUACUUCCGAGAAAAUCGGUUUGCUGGCAUUUUAAUUCUCGCAGAGAAUAAAGAUAAAUCCUCUGAUACAUCCGCAUUACCCAACGAUCGUGUGAGACGCAUAGAAGCUUUGGUUCAUGUGCGACAUAACUUCUCCACAGAUGGGUAUUGGUUGGGAAAAAUACGGAGUCUCGCUGUCAGUACGGAUUACGAUCAAAAGGAGCAAACGUUCAGAAACCUGAUAAGCAGUAUAGGCCCGUAUUCUAAUCCAGUAUUGGCUUAUGAAUUUGAUAGAGACAUUGCAGUACCGCAAAAUAUAUCAAUCCUAUGGAUUGAUCCACAAGGUCGUCUGGCCGACAUUAAUCAUAUUCUCCUUGAGGAGAUGACCCUGGUGGGACAUGUUAAACCGCAGCUGAACGAACAGUUAACUGUUGGCACCUGGCGGCUAUUGUUACUUGCUGACACCUUGCUGGUGACAAAAUUGAAUUUUUUGGUGAUUCCAUUGUCUUAUUGGAAAACCAAGAGAAUCGAUCCGAAAAAGUUUAAGGAGAUAAUAGACGGUCCGAGCGCCGUUUACCAUGUUACAGAGGAAAUGAAUAAAAAAUGGUCGAACUUAGUAAGAUCCGCAAUGCGGAAUGAUGAGCAAAAUGAACACGGCCAGAAUAGGAUCAUUGAUGUCGGCAACGACAUUGAUGAUUACAUAGACAAGUUAGUAUACGAGCAUUAUGACAUUGUCGAGAUAUGCGACGCCGACGACAAGAGUCGGACCAAAAUGAAGCUACAAAAGUGUACCGAGAUUCAUUGGAGCUCUCUGAGCCCCGAUUCAAAGGCUGAAACUCGUAAUCUAUGUCAAAACUACUAAUUAAUUAUUUUACCAACUACGUGCCAUUUUCGCCGUUUUGAAAUUUAUUGUAUGUGUAUAAAGAUUACAAAUGUCUUUAGAUAUUUUUAUAUCGACUAAACUGUAAAUAUAUAUAUUACAUAUUUAUAAGAAAAAGGUAUUAUAUAUACAUACAUAUAUACAUAUGUAUACUUGCCUACAUAUAUAUAAUUUAUAUAUAUAUAUGUGCGUAAAGAUAUACAUAAAUUUUUGGUAUAUGUUGUAACUAAUAAUUCUAUCUAAUAUUUUCACAUUAAAGAUAAAUAUAUUAUAUUAACAUGA